AUGUCAGCACAAGAACAAAUGGUGGACAUGAAUGCCGUCCUUUACCGGAUGUGGGAGAAAAUCACAAAUCUCACCACACAACUCAAAGAAAUCCAGAACACUCAGAACGCUGAUACCGUUGAACGGAAGUUCAACAAGAAAGUUUGGAUCAAGGCAAACUGGGACAUGUUCGCCAAUGAUUUUGAAAUAAGUGCUACACCUCAGGGCAUUGGCCUACUUGGAAAGAAAUCUAAGUUGAAACUGAAAAAUAUUUCAAACCCCAAGCUGAGCAUGACUGGAUAUGUCAGCAAAUCUGUGCCUUCAAACAAGAGGAUGGAUGAUUUUGUAACCCAGUUCCUGGCCCUCUCCAUCCAAGGGGGUUUUGGUAAUGAACACAUAGUAGAUUUGCUGGAACACAAUGUGAACCCCCACAUUGCAGAACAGCUCUACCUGUAG